AUGGGAGGGUGCCUUAUAUAUGAGCAUGAGGCUCUUAAUGCUCUGUCUGUCUUUCUGGUUUCUGCUAAAGUAGGUAUUGUGUCGACUCGCCGCGCCCGUGUGAAUAAGUAUAUACGGGAGAGUUUGAAGAACACCAUUAAACCACUCUCCGUCGAAUCUCACUCCGGCGACUUGGGUCGCAGUGUCGUCGUGUUUGGAGUUAUUGCAGUAGGUGGCGUGCAAACCACGGUGAUCCUCGACGACGACGGUACUCAGAGUUGCAGUAGUGGGCACUAUGACGUGUUCUUGAGUUUCAGAGGUGAAGAUACUCGCAAAAACUUUACUGAUCACCUCUACGCGACUUUGGUUCAAGUUAGAACUCACACCUUCAUGGACGAUGAUGAACUCCCAAGAGGACAUGACAUUUCUUCGGCCCUGCUAAAAUCAAUCGAAGAAUCGAGGAUCUCCAUCGUUGUUUUCUUAACAAACUAUGCUUCUUCCAGAUGGUGCCUUAAUAAGCUCGUGAAGAUCAUUGAAUGCAAGAAAACACUUGGACGAUUAGUUCUCACACUAUUCUACGAUGUCGAUCCAUCUGAUAUACGACACCAAACAUGGUGUUUUGGAGAAGCAUUUGGAAGACAUGAAAAAUGUUACGUGGAUGAGAUGGAGAAGGUGAAGGUGAGGAAAGCUGCCCUAUCUGAAGCUGCUAAUUUAUCAGGCUGGGAUUUCCAAAAUGUUGCUAAUGGGUUAUUUUUAAUAUCCUUUUAA